AUGCCUUGUGAUGGUAAAUACAGUGUCGGAUACUUCGUCAAUUGGGGUAUCUACGGCCGGAAGUUCCCUCCCUCCCUCAUCCCGGUGCAAGACCUCACCCACAUAUUGUAUGCCUUCGCAAACGUCAAACCCGACACUGGCGAGGUCUACCUAUCUGACUUGUGGGCCGAUCAAGACAUCCAUUACCCCGGAGAUUCCUGGAACGAUGUCGGAAACAACUUGUACGGCAACUUCAAAGCUAUCUACAAUCUGAAGAAGGCGAACCGCCACCUAAAGGUCCUCCUCAGCAUCGGAGGGUGGACGUAUUCGCCCAAUUUCCAUCCUGUUGUGAUCAAUCCCGCCUUGAGAGCUAAAUUCGUCGAGACCUCGGUGAAGAUCCUAGAAGACUAUGGAUUGGAUGGUCUGGACAUCGACUACGAGUAUCCUACGAACGAUGAGCAAGCUGCUGGAUAUACUGGGCUUCUGAAGGAGAUGCGGAUUGCCUUGGACAAGCAUGCUACCAGGAAGGGCUAUGGAGCCAAGUUCCUGCUUACAAUCGCAGCACCCUGCGGACCAGACAAUUACAAGAAGCUCCACGUUCAAAAGAUGGAUAGAUAUCUGGACUUCUGGAACUUGAUGGCUUACGACUUUGCCGGAUCUUGGGAUUCUGUCACUGGUCAUCAAGCCAACUUGUACGGAGGACCUCUAGGCGCUGCUUCUGCCGUCAACUGGUACAUAUCUCAAGGCGUCAUGCGCGACAAACUCGUCCUCGGCGUUCCCCUCUACGGGCGGUCCUUCCUCAACACUGAUGGGCCUGGGUCCUCCUUCUCCGGCAUGGGUCAAGGAACUUGGGAAUCUGGGGUAUACGACUAUCGCGCGCUUCCUCUACCCAACUCGACGGUGAGAGAAGACACAAAGACGGGAGUCAGCUGGUCGUACGACCCAGCCAAGAGAGAGAUGAUCAGCUUCGAUAGCGAGAACAUCGCCAGGUUGAAGGGCCAGUACAUCAAACGAGAGAACCUUGGCGGUAGCAUGUUCUGGGAGCUCAGCGGCGACAAGGGCUCUUCCAGAGAGGGUAUGGAGAGCGGUCCUGGGAAGGAUCCGCAACCAGGUAAUAGUCUGGUUGCCAUCGUCAAGAAUGCCAUGGGCGGCCUUGAAAAGAGCAGCAACUGGUUGUCCUAUACCGACAGCAAGUUCGACAACUUGAAGAAGGGAAUCCCUUAG